AUUUGAUUCAGUUUCCAACUUGUAGUUGUCCAUCCACUUAUCCAUCCAUCCCCCAAAAAGACAAAUUAAAAGACCCCUCAAAUUCCCAAACCAUAAAAAUAAAAGUUGGAAGCAAAAAUUGUGAAUGAAUGAUUCGAUGUGAGCCAGAGCCACCAGACCCACCCGCUACCGCGUGAAGGGCCGUCUCCCGUCGUUUUCUCCGCCUCCUAAAACGACGAGACACUUCACUUCUACCGUCUGAUCCAUCCCCAGCCCGGCAAAAAAUAAUGUUGGGUAUCCAGGCCCUCACGUUCUGGCUCUCGGAGCACCCCACCAUCGUCGGGUUCCGGUGGUCCCACACCCACUCCUGGGGCUCCACGUGGUCCUUCCUCUUCACCGCCAUCGCCGUCUACAUAACCCUCUCCCUCCUCCUCCACCUCUUCCUCCUCGCUGUAAACCGGUCGGGUCGACCCGUACCUCUCGGACCUAUUCCAGCCGUCCACAGCCUCGCGAUGGCCCUAAUAUCGUUCACAAUAUUCGCCGGAGUCACCCUCUCCUCCGCCGCAGAAAUCCGCGAGACACGGUGGUUCUGGCCACGGUCCAAAACCCCAUUCCAGUGGCUCCUCUGCUUCCCGCUCGGGACCCGGCCGUCGGGUCGGGUCUUCUUCUGGUCCUACGUGUACUACCUCUCCAGAUUUCCCCACAUGCUCCGCACAUUCUUCACCAUUCUCCGCCGCCGCAGGCUCGUCCCCUUCCAGCUCUUCAACCACUCGAUCCUCACCGUCAUCUCGUUCCUCUGGCUCGAGUUUUCGCAGUCGAUUCAGGUCAUGGCGAUCCUCUGCACGACGCUCGUCUACUCCGUGGUUUACGGGUACCGGUUCUGGACCGCCGUGGGGCUGCCGGGCGCGUGUUUUCCAGUGGUGGUGAACUGCCAGAUUGCACUGCUGGUCUGCAACGUGGCCUGCCACGUCGGCGUCCUAAUGAUGCAUUUCAUGAAAGGCGGGUGCAACGGGAUUGGUGCAUGGGUUUUCAAUUCCGUCCUCAACGGUGUGAUUCUGUUGGCAUUUUUGAAUUUUUACGUCAGAAUUCAUUUGGGGUUUUUUAAUAAGAAGGGGAAGGCAAGGGGUGCUAGCAGCGGAGCUGGCGGCGCCGAUGCGGCGGCCAAGUCUGUUGGACUGAAGGACAAGGAGCUUUGAUGGUGUAGGAUGUAAUUUUAGGGGCGGAAAUUUAAGUUUUUGGGGGAGUGUACUUUUUUUGGAAUUUGUACAAUGUCUACAAAUUAGGACAAUUACGAUCACGAAAAUUCUAUUAUGUUCUAGUGUACAAUAUGUGUUUUGAAAGGCUAAAAUCUUCUACAAAAGAAAUAUCAAAUUAUAAAGAUAAAAUUACAAGUGA